AUGGGCAAGGAAGAGACGGUGCUGUAUGCCGUGUUGGACACACACUCUACGAUCACAGACGCACGAUGGAGGUUGGUUCCAGAGCUUCUCAAGAAGGACAUCAACAAGGACUGUAUCAUCUGUGAUGUUCUCAGUGUCCGCCUCGUGCUCAAGGUUGGCGAAUCUACGUGUGGGAUGGAAGUAUUUUGUCAACAGAAGGGAGGGACCAACAAGAUACCUACCUGGGGUGUGCCUGGGGCCGAGCGAGCACACGGGAGUCUUGGCACCAUACCUACAAAUUCCGUCACAUCUGGCCCAGUGUCCCCCCACGAUCCCACCAGCACGGCCAAGACCACGAUCUCCAUCCUGCGUGGUUUGGACAUGAACGGCCUUCCUCUGACGGGAGAAGUGGGUCUAGGCACCAAGCUGGUACUGGUGGUAAGUGCAUACUGCAAGGAUGUGACCCUUGACCUCCACUUGAUAAAAUGCCAGGCAAAGGGCGAGGAUGGAAUUAGUAUCGCAAUUGUCAAGGAUGGAUGCAGUGUGGCGCAAGUGAUGGGGGAAUUCCGUGAAGUGCUGGGGGUGGUACACGAGAGUAGUUUUGGUGCCACGCCGGUGCGUAGAGUGACGCAGUACGCCAGGUUAGAUGCUUUCAACACCCGAACCACCCAGCAGAAUAUCAGCAUAGUCUGUACUAUAAAGAUGUGCAGCGGAGAGUGUGUGGAGCAGCCAUCGUGCGUCCAAUCUGACAUAAACUUGGGCAAAAGCAAAAGGCCCACAGUCUCGCUGUUUUCCCAGGUGGUCAGCCUCGGCAAGGCUUUCCAGGCAGCUGGGCUCUCGGCCACUCCAUCAGAAGAUAAAUUGUCCAAGAACGAGCAAGGAGUGCAGUCUCUAGGAGCUGGGAACGCAGUCGACGACCUUAUUGGGGACUGCAUAUCUUACCAUACACUUUACAUCCUGAUCUGCCUCCUCACAGGAAUCCACCUGGCCAUUCUGGGUUGGUGUAUUUACUGCGUACGUCGCACCACCACCCGGACGGUGGUACAGAGCUGCAUGGAAGAUUACGAGUCUCCGAAGAGAGCGCUGUAUACAGAGUACAGCUCUCCCAGAAAACGAACACCGAAGUCCUCCCCUGAAUAUUCCUCGUUUUCUAUAAGUACUGAAGCGUACAAUAGCCCUAAUUAUAAAAGGAUGUAAUGAAUAUAAAUAUAAUUUCUUCCUUUAAACAGAGUACCGCUUCCUGCUUUAGUGUUUUGCUUUCAUGUACAGUGAUUUUUAUUCUCAUUUCUUUUAGGUUUCCAAAUAGUUUUAUCUUGAUCUCCGUUUUUAUGUAUAAUAUUCUAUUGAACUCGAUUUUAUAUUUAAUUGUAGCAUAUCUAAAUCAUGAACGUCUAUAUCUAACUUACCUAGGCGAGGUUUUCCACAGCCUUGUUCAUACUGUAGUUCCAUCUACUUCUUAUCGGAGUAUCUGUAACGCGUUUGUUAUACUUAAGUUUGUUCACGUGAGCUCACUUGACAUGGGAUUAGCAACUAAAAGAUUCAAGAUACGUUAUUUGGUUGGAUUGAUCUAUUUCAUGUUAAAUGUUUUUUCUCAGUCUAGUUGAUUGAUCUAAUCACGCAUUUUGUCACUUUAGUUCUUACUGAAUUAAGUUAUUAUCGAUGCAUUCUUUAGUAUAACUAUCUUAAUACUGUACUUCGUUUAAUUUGGUUGAAGAGCUGGAGUUCCUCUUGUACGUAUCAUAGCGGAAGCCUCCCAUUACUGGUCUGCUUAAUUAAGUGAAGCCCCCACUGAAGUUCAAUCAAACUAGCUGAAGUUCUUACACUGAUUGUUGAUUUGCGGGUAAUAAUUACUGUGGAAUGUGUAUCCUAGUUACUGCCGGAAACCGAAUUUGGAUCCAGUUUCUUGGGGGUUUCAUAAGAUGUCUUUUCCUCGUAAAUGCGGUUUGCCUUUAGCAGUCAAGUUUCCAACUCUUUUUCUCUCCAUUCCCCUUCGAGGAACCUUAAAAAUCCUAAUGUUCAUUUUUGUACAUUAGUUGGUCACCAGUAAGAUGCUCUUGUAAAUGUUUCGUUACGAGGAAUAUUCAUUGUACAAACCGGUGAUAAUAUGAACCUAGAUUUGUAACUAAUCUUAGGCCUAGAUAAAUUACGUAAGAUCUCAAAUGCAUAAUGUAAAAAAAGUUGAAUGUCUUUUAUAACGGUUUAAUGUUUUAUUAAACUUCACUUUUCAUUUUAGUGUUUGUACCAUUAUUUAAGGUUGUUAGGGGACACUUGUUCUUUUAAAAUUAUUGCAACAAAGUAGAAUUUCGUAAUUGUCUGAUGCAUUAUUUGGUUUGUAAAUAUUUAGUGUUAAGUUUGAGUGUUGAGUGCGGCAGCAGCUGAAUGGCUGCUACACUGUUGUUGAAACUAAUUUUGUAGUCCACUGUGUGGAUGAGGAAUAGACUUCCAACACUUGUAAAUGGCAAUCAAAGCUUUUUUGUUAAUAUUUAAAAUGUUGAUUUUAUACUAAAUUUGUACUUAU